AUGUUCUCGCUGACCCCCAGAACAAGCAGCCAUGCCUUGAAGCUGGCCCGCUCUGUCUCUCGCCCAUUGGCUGGGUUCUCUCGCACAUACUCGACUGCGGAGCCCGACCUCAAGACAACCCUCAGGGAAGUCAUCCCCGAGAAGCGUGAGCUUCUCAAACAAGUCAAAGCCCGUGGCGACGAGGUCAUUGGCGAUGUCAAGAUUUCCAAUGUCAUUGGAGGCAUGCGUGGUCUCAAGGCCAUGGUCUGGGAGGGCUCGGUCCUCGAUGCCGACGAGGGAAUCCGUUUCCACGGCCGCACCAUCAAGGACUGCCAGAAGGAGCUUCCCAAGGGAACUUCCGGCACUGAGAUGCUUCCUGAAGCCAUGUUCUGGCUGCUCCUGACCGGAAAGGUCCCGUCGACCUCGCAGAUUCGCGCCUUUUCUCGUGAACUCGCCGAGAAGUCGUACCUCCCUCAGCACAUCCUCGACCUGUUCAAGUCAUUCCCCAAGGACAUGCACCCAAUGACUCAGCUUUCCAUUGCUGUUGGUGCUCUUAACACCGAGUCAAAGUUCGCCAAAGCUUAUGAACAAGGUAUCAACAAGGCCGAGUACUGGGAGCCCACAUUCGAGGACAGCAUCUCUCUGCUCGCCAAGAUUCCCCGUGUAGCUGCUCUCGUCUUCCGUCCCAAUGAAAUUGAUGCUGUUGGAUCGCAGAAGCUUGAUGUCAACCAAGAUUGGUCCUACAACUUUGCCGAGCUCCUCGGCAAGGGCGGCAAGCAGAACGAGGAUUUCCACGACCUCCUCCGUCUGUACCUUGCUCUUCACGGCGACCACGAAGGUGGCAACGUCUCUGCCCACGCCACUCACCUCGUUGGCAGCGCUCUCAGCGAUCCUUUCCUCAGCUACAGCGCCGGUCUCUUGGGUCUUGCCGGUCCCCUCCACGGUCUUGCUGCACAGGAGGUUCUUCGCUGGAUCUUGGCUAUGCAGGCUGAGAUUGGCACUAAGUUCACCGAUAAGCAGGUUGAAGACUAUCUUUGGACCACACUCCGCUCCGGCCGUGUCGUUCCCGGCUACGGCCACGGUGUUCUCCGCAAGCCUGACCCUCGAUUCGAAGCUUUGAUGGACUUUGCUUCCACCAGAAAGGACCUCCUUGAGAACCCAGUCUUCCAGCUUGUCAAGAAGAACUCUGAGAUUGCCCCUGGCGUUUUGACUGAGCACGGAAAGACCAAGAACCCCCACCCCAACGUUGACGCCGCGUCUGGUGUUCUCUUCCACCACUACGGCUUCCACCAGCCUCUGUACUACACAGUCACCUUUGGUGUCAGCCGUGCCCUGGGUCCUCUGGCUCAACUCAUCUGGAGCCGAGCUCUCGGAUUGCCGAUUGAGCGACCCAAGUCCAUCAACCUGCUCGGUCUUCUCGGAAGCAAAUAA